AUGUCACCUCCAGGCUACACGCAGCCCAUUCCCCGCGGCGUCCCACCCUCCGCGGGCCUCGAGCAGGAAAAUCAGCACCUCAGACAGCUCAUCCGCGAACUUGGUGAAACGCUCCAGCAGGCGAACCAGAUCCUUGCCCAAGCUGGCCCUUUUCCUUUUCCGUCCCACCAGAGUACUUCUGUACAAGAUUCUCGUAUACAGCAUGGCUCGGUCACGUUGGGCCAUCAUGGAAUAGAGGAGACGGACUGGCGGCGAUUUCCUGUUCAGCAUGCGGGCACAGAGUGGAGCGCUCUACAGUUCUCAUCGGCCUUUCCAUCCAUUCAACCACCUCUGGGCGAUCCCGGGCCGUCUGGUAACGGCCUACCGCAAGAACCUGAUGGCAUGGAGGACUGGCUCGCCAUGAUAUCCACGCCUAAACCCGAUGAUCGUCCGGCCGGAAGCUAUAUGAAAGAGUCCUCGCCGCAGGAGCAAACAUAUGCGUCGAGGCACCUGUCAGUACCGAAACCGUCCCUGUUCUGUCAAGACAUUCUACAUUUCGAAGGUAUGAUCAAAUAUAUCAUGCUAACAGAGCCAGAGCCUGAUGUCCCUGACCGCUUGGAUAUGCUGAUUGAGAAGAUGCUUCAUACGCUUGUCUCAGAGGACUAUUGGCAUUGGACCAAGGCCUACUUCACCGAGACCCUAGCUUGGAAGCAUAUCGGUCCAAUAACGAGAUUUCGCAUUGAACCAACCAAGGAAAAUUAUGACCGCCUGCCUGUGCGAUUUCGACCCUCGCAGAUCCAGCUCACCCGAUUUCACUGGCCCAUAAUAGACUGGAUCCUCUGGCCACAGCUUCGAGAUAAGCUAAUUUUGCAGUCGGCAGAGUACGAUUUGACCGACUUCAUUUCCACCAUCAUCGCGGGUUACUGCUUGGAAGCCGAGAUCACCGAGGAAAUGGAAGAAGACAGUCAUGGAUAUGGAACGACCAGGCCGGCUGUCAGGAGUCAAGGCAAUUUAACGCACAUGUCACAACCCAGAACUCGCAAAAAGUUAGUCUACUAUCGAUUACAAGAGUAUCUGGAAUACACCCAACAACUUCCCGUCGAGACCACCUUGACAGAGAAGAGAACGCAAGGAGCUUUGGUAUCGGAUGUGCUGGAAGCCAAAUUCUUGUCCGCGCUGCAGGCUGACCAAUACCCUUUCAAGCUCGAACCUACUGUUUUCGAACGGUUUCCUUCGCUUUACGUCGAGGAAGCGGUCACACAUGGGGUUUACAGAUCCAUUUUCAGCCCUCACGUCGAGUCGACACGGUCUCGCGCAAGUGGGUGA